GAAAGUUAAAUAUUUUUAAUAAUUUAAUUUGAAUUUCGCGCUCUGCAAUUUCACUGGAUGUUGUUCCRCUAACGGAACGUCUAGCCGUAACGGGUUUUAAGGAGUGAUAAUCCUCUUUGGGCUACAGGGAGGCUGACCAUGUCAUUCUAACCACCUGUCAGCAGCAAGGUGCCAAUCAGAGUACUUUCCAGGCAAUUUCCACCCAACUUGGCAAUAAGACACUCAAUGAGGUGUCUCGGUGGUUUCGGGACCUGAUACACCUGUUCCGCACCGCUGCCUGCCAGUUCAAUUUAGAGGACGAAACUAUGACCACUGAACAGCAGACAGUCACAGACAAGGAGCAGGACUGAACUGGACAGAACCAACCCAAAAAGGACAGAACCAAGACACUUCAAAGGAGAGGAGCAGAGAGGAUACUUGUGACUGCAGUAUAUUCAUACCACAUAUAAACUAUUCCAGAAACCAGUUCAAGGCUGGUGAAAUCUGGAMGCAACGUUGAGGGCUUAUGACCACUCUUAAUAAACUCAUAUCAGAAUCACCUGUGCCUUCACUGAGCUGAAGCAACACCAGCAGCUCGAAAGAUGACAGCUUUUCAAGUUUACCAUAACCAAUUUUAAACAGUGAGCACUGUGUAACUGUACAUCACUAAUUUAUUGAAAUAAAUACACCCUUUGUCUUAGUUAUCACUCAAAUGCACUACUGAGGGACUAGGGAACAUAGUCUCUUAGUGUGGCAAAAGUUGUAUAAAUACUAUAAAUAGACAAUUGGGGUUUAGUCCAGGAAUGUACAUGUUUUGUUUACUUUUUUYUCUCCAAUUCCCUGAGUUGUGCAUUUAUGGCACAAUAUUGGAAAUAUGAACGGUAAUAAUACCUGUACAAGAGUUAUAUAUUUUAUAYCAARUUAACGUAAUUUAUCCGUUUGCCUUUUUGAUGAAUUCCUUUCGUUUAUGAGAAAUGUUGUAAGAGUUCAAUCUCCAAGGCGCACAUCUAGACGUCUACUAGACCCACACAGAURUUCUUGGUCACGUCACAGCUCUACUAUACUCACUCCCACCCGGCAGUGAGAGGUAGUGAAAAGCAGAGGAUAUCAGCUACAGUAUAUCGCUAUUGGGAGCACUUAAUUCUGCUGAGAUGGGUACCUUGGGUCCAUUUCGCAUGUUCUUGCUUUUUGCGUUGGCUCAGCAGAACGUCUUUGUAGCCGCCAGCGACGUGCUCGAGCUCGGGGAUUCUGAUUUCGAUUAUACGGUAGCAGAGUACGAGACUGUGCUGGUAGAGUUCUUCGCGCCUUGGUGUGGUCACUGCCAGCAACUAGCCCCAGAAUAUGAAACUGCAGCAACAAAACUAAAAGGGACAGUGUCUUUAGCUAAAGUAGACUGCACAGUGAACUCUGAGACGUGUGGACGUUUUGGGGUCAAUGGGUACCCYACACUCAAAAUCUUCCGCAAUGGAGAGGACUUUGCUGCUUAUGAUGGACCCAGGAGUGCAGAUGGCAUUGUGAGCUACAUGAAAAAACAGGCAGGUCCCAGUUCCGUUCCUCUGCACAAUGAGAGAGACCUGGAUGCAUUCGUCAACAAUUUUGAAGCCAGUGUAGUUGGUUUUUUCUCAGGUGCUGACAGCUCUCAGAUGGCUGAGUUUCUGAAGGCAUCUAGUGCCAUGAGAGACAGCCACCGCUUUGCCCACACUGCAGACCUGAGCCUGGGCCUCAAACACGGUGUGGAAUCAGACACGGUGGUGCUCUUUCGGCCCCCACGACUCAACAGCAAGUUUGAGGACAGCUUGGUCAAGUCUGAUGAGGCUGUCUCGACCGCCUCUCUCCGUCAAUUCAUCAGAGAUAAUGUGUUUGGGCUGUGCCCCCAUCUGACUGUUGAGAACAGAGAGAACAUGAGGGGACGGGACUUGCUGGUGGCCUACUACGACGUGGAUUACCUCCGCAACAUCAAGGGCACCAACUACUGGAGGAACAGGGUGAUGAAAGUGGCCACUCAGUUCCAGUCUCAGGGGCUGAGUUACGCUGUGGCCAACAGGGCUGAGUUCCAGGAAGAGCUGGAGGAGGAGUUUGGCCUGGGGCCGUCCGACGGGGGAGAGCUGCCUCUCAUCACCAUCAGGAACAGGGAGGGCCACAAGUACAGCAUGCAGGAGGAGUUCACACGGGACGGGAAAUCCCUGGAGAGGUUCUUGGAGGACUACUUUGCUGGUAAACUGAAGAGGCAGGUCAAGUCAGAGGCUGCUCCCGAAAACAACGACGGCCCAGUCAAGGUGGUGGUGGCRGACAACUUUGAGGAGAUAGUGAACAACCCUUCCAAGGACGUACUGGUGGAGUUUUAUGCACCCUGGUGUGGACACUGCAAAAGCCUGGAGCCAAAAUACACAGAGCUUGGGGAACAGUUGUCUGCCGACACCCACAUUGUUAUAGCAAAGAUGGAUGCCACUGCUAACGACGUUCCUCCAUCCUACGAUGUCCAGGGUUUCCCCACUAUUUUCUUCGUCCCAGCAGGACAGAAGGACCAGCCUCGGAAAUACGAGGGUGGCCGUGAGGUGAAUGAUUUCCUCCGCUAUCUGAAGGAGGAGGCCACACAUCCCCUUGUCCUGGGCACUGCCAGAGAAGACUUGUGAGAGCGCAAUUGAGAGAAAGAAAGAAAUGAAAUGAACUAUGAGGGAGAAAAAGGAGCCACCCAUUGCAGCCCACAGUUUCAGACCAGAAGAUCUCCUACCUUACCAGCAACACUGAAUACUAAUAACAUAGAGGACUUCUAAAUUAAAAAAUCAGCAGUUUUUUCUUGGAACUUCAAAAGAGUAAUGUUCUCAAUGUGAGAGGAUGGAGCAUCUGCAAGCACAYGUGCAGAUUGGCUUUGCCAUUAAACUGGUAACUUGA